AUGCCAUACCCGGGCGUGGGCGGUUUUCAUUCUAUUCCAAUUUCCUCGACUACAAACCGGUUCAGAUACGUCAUCACGGAGCUCCUGCAAAGCGACCUGCACAAGAUCAUAGUGUCACCGCAACACCUCUCCGCCGACCACAUCAAAGUCUUCCUAUACCAGAUAUUAAGAGGCCUGAAAUACCUGCACUCGGCACGCAUCCUCCAUCGUGACAUCAAACCAGGGAAUCUUCUGGUGAACAGCAAUUGCGUGCUCAAGAUAUGCGACUUCGGACUCGCGCGGGUUGAGGAGCCUGAUGCGAGCAAGAACAUGACGCAGGAGGUGGUCACGCAGUACUACAGAGCACCUGAGAUCCUGAUGGGCGCGAACCAUUACACGGCAGCGGUGGACGUGUGGUCCGUCGGCUGCAUAUUCGGCGAGCUGCUGGGAAGGCGCAUCCUCUUCCAAGCGCAGAGUCCCGUGCAGCAGCUGGAGUUAAUAACAGAGCUUCUCGGGACGCCGUCGCUGGAAGACAUGCGGCACGCGUGCGCCGGCGCGCGCGCGCACAUGAUGAGGCGCGCGCCGCGCCCGCCCGCGCUUGCCGCUCUCUACACGCUGUCCGUGCAGGCCACGCACGAGGCCGUGCAUCUGCUGGCGCAGAUGCUGGUGUUUGACCCGGCGAAGCGGAUCUCCGUAGUCGACGCGCUUGCACAUCCGUACCUGGAGGAGGGUCGUCUACGCUACCACUCCUGUAUGUGCAAGUGCUGCUACAGCGCUCCGCCCGCCGCGCGUCACUACUCGCCGGACUUAGAGCCGGUGGCGCCGCACGCCUUCCACGACGGAUGGGAGCGGAAACUCACCUCCGUGCACCAGGUCAAAGAGGAGAUCCAUAAGUUCAUAGCCGAGCAACUGCAGACGUCGCGAGUGCCUCUGUGCAUCAACCCGCAGUCGGCGGCGUUCAAGAGCUUCGCAAGCUCGACCGUGGCGCACCCGUCGGAGCUGCCCGUCGCCGCACCAGUGGGAAUGACGCGAGCGCCGGCGCCCGCCCGACAAGCGACGCAGCGCCUACUCCGCCGCGAGGUAACCGCCCGGCCGCCGCGACCCGCCACCGCCGCGCCUAAAUCCACAAUAGAAUAUUCUUAGCGCAAUAAUACAACGCGGAAACGCUGCCAGCAACGUUUUCACUUUGACGCAGUCGUAAUGAACUUUAGCUUGUUUAAAGACUUUUGUGUAUGUGUGUCCCUGGUGAUUUUGAUGGUUCCCAAACUGUUUCUUAGCAAAUUGACAAGAAUGUAGAAUUCUCAAACUGUUGAGGUUGAAUGUUUCGUUUAGUGAUAAUGUUGGUAGGAAUGUACCUAUGAUUAGUACCCGAGCAAAGGUAUGCGUGUUAAUAAAAGUGAGCUGUAUGGAAAUCUGAAUUGUCAUCGCAUCGAAUAGUUUGAUGAAUCGUAGUAAACCGACAAACAAGUGUCUCAUCCUUUAUAGUAAUUAUGCAGUAAAUGUCGUGAUAAAUGUUAAAAUUAUAAAAAAAUUGUCGUUAUUGAUACGAUUCAUCAAUAUAAGUUCGAUCUGCGUGUUGAAACCCAUCGGCAAGUAAAGGAAACGGUAGAAAUUGAAGUUAUUAAUUAAACUGAUGUGUCGUGGUUAGUUGUAAUAGCUAUUGGCAAGAAUGUGAGAAUGUUAAGCUUAUUAGUAAGCGUGGAAAUUGCGAUUUAUGCAGAUUGAAUCAUUCUUUACAAGUUUUUAAUCUUUAUAAUUACAUAGAUUCCCUCAACGUUAGUAUGAUCAAAGGGUUACACGAUAUGUUUGCUAGAUAGAUAUGAGUGUUCAAUCGACAUAAUAUAAUCACAAUUAAAAGCUUAAUUAAGUCAAAUUAAGAUCUCAUGUUGGCCUGUAUACAAUUUUGAUAUAAAACUAAAAUACCGCACCGUACCUCAAUAUUGCGAUAGUGUAGAAAUUGAAUUGAAUUGCUAUUUUAUUCCAAUCACGAUACUGUCUUGCCAGACGGGUGUUUUAGAAUCUGAUAAAUGUGUGCAUUUACUUUUCGUUAUCUUCUCACUGAGUUGACAAUUUAGGUUAUUUUACUUUUAAUUCUAAUUCAAGUCUUUAGGUUUGUCUACUCUAAAUUAUUAGCCCAGUGGGAACAUAUCAUAUUCACUUUACUUGGCCGUGAAACUUAAUAAAAAUACGGCAUUUCAAGUCCACGGAACCCUCGGGAGAUUUGAUGUUAGGCUAAUUUUAUGUUUGUGAUUCUAAAAGACAAACAACGUGUGCGGGCCCGUAGCAACGCGCCUGCAGCGACACUCAACCAAAUAUAUUACAUUACUAUUCAUUUUGAUAUUUACUUAUAGUGUAAUCUGUAGCGACUAUGUCGGUAGGUUAGUUUAGGUUGGUUCGGACAUUUGCGAAUAAAUGAAACUACAAAAAGUUGCGAAAUGCAACAUUCAUAUUUUAUACAACGAAACACUCGCUAUGACGAGUAUUUAUGAAUAAAGAAAGAGACGGCAACAUACGACUCGCCCGAACGGGAAAGAGACGUCAAGCGCUCGCCGCGUUGCGAUGCGAUUGUAAAGUAACAAAGUACGCAUAGGCAUUAGGUUAUUUUCAUUUAUCUUUGCGAUUCCAUGUAAUUAUAAUGUAUGUGAUGUAGUAGAUUUUCAAUGUGUGCCUGAUUGAUUGUGUUUCGUAAAGACGUUGCAAGCAAUAAGAGUUGCAAUAUUAUUAAUGCGUUUUAACGAUUUCUAUUUUACUUGAUGGACUUGGAUUAUCGAUGAUUUUAUGUGUUCUCUUGUGUCGCCGUGUAAGGGAGUGUACACACGCGCGCUCGUACUUAAUGAUCACGGUUGCGCGCCAACUCGCGAAUCUCUCGCGUCCGUGUGUACGCGCCUUAACUAUCGUGUAACAUACUUUUAUAUUAAGCUUACUUCUAAACACCAUUGUAUGUAACAUCGACUGAACAUUUUUACGUAGUUAGGUUAGAUAGACUUAGUAUUAACAAAAAAAAAAUACUGAUUUACUUGGCAAUGAUUAUAAAUGAAUAAAAAACAUGUACGAAUAAUUUUUCACAUACUAUCAUUGCAGUAGUGAGACAUUGUAUAGCAAAGUGUUGUAAAUGUAAAGGAUUACAUGCGUAUUUCAAGCAUUUAAUAGUUAUAUUUUAGUGGUUUGUCGUAAGAUUAUUGGGGUGUGUUAGUGUGCGUGAGUGAUGGAUAAGUAACUCUUUUUAUUGGCAAGUAAUUAAAAAAAAACUUAAUAUUAUCAUAUGUUCCAAAAUUGAUGUUUCUAUUUGUGUUUAGGUAGGAAGGACCUGUAUCACGCUACUAACAUAUAUCUGUCUAGAAUAGGAAGACUAUGUGUGAGUGUCAAGAGACGUCGUAGCCUUAAAACUAGUUCAAAACUAUAUAAAUGAAUAAAAAAUUUAAAUUUGUAAAUAAAUAAAUGCAUAGUAUUAAUGUUAGGCUCUAGUACGAUACGGAAUGGUCCCCUUGUAGUCGCCCACACAAGUAGGAUGAACUUCUGUUGGUGCUGUUGCAUGAUUCACAAAAAUAACCUUUAACUUUUUACGAAUAGAAUACAAAAUCAUACAGCUUUAUUGUCAGUUUUAAUAUUUCAUGACAUUUGAUUAAAAUAUGGCUGACAUAUUUUGUGUCAGUAAACAGUGGGGCUAAAAACCGCCAUUUUAAACCCACGGGACAUGGUUCUUAUGCCCGUUUUCAGCAUCAAUUACUAAUUUUUAAGUGACCCCUAUGAAAACAAAAUUCCUGGUGUUACCAUAGGGGUCUCAUAAAAAUUAGAGAUUGACGGUGAAAACGGGCAUUAAACUCAAGAGCUUUGCUAUUUUUCCAAUAAGUAGUACUAACCUUGUUUAAUAUGAAAUUAAAUUAAUUUUAUCGUUAGUCAUGUGACAACAUUGACAGAAGGGUUCGAUGGUACAAAGGAGGCGAGACUCAACCGUGCGUUCAACUCAGGUGCAUGCAUUGGCUGCGAAAUCGUAGCGAAUGCAGUCGCCUUAGUUUAUUAUACAGGGAUGGUAUAGCUGGCAUUUCAACAUUUUUUUAACUUACAGACGACGGCACGCACUAAACACUGUGGCUUGUAAUGCAGUUGUAAUAGAGUCGAUUUUGCAAUAAAAUAUAGUCUGCUGUACAUGAAACUAAAAAUGUUUGUUGCAGAAUAUCUAAAAUAAGAUGCUACAGUGUUAAGCCUGAUAUCGUCAAUUCUAUCGGCUAUUUAAAACCUUUGUAACAGUCUAACAGACAUUAAGCUUUAAUUUUAUAGAGCGUUGUCCUUGUCACACUAGCCCUUAAUGGAUAGUUGUAAAAGAGACAAAGUCACAAAACCGAUCAAUUUUUUGAAAUCUUUUUUAUUUUAAUAACCUCUUGCAAACUCGAAUCAGCCAGCUAUAUCGUCUCUGUACGAAUCGCUCGCCAGUCCGCGACAGACCCCACCUUGCCUUAUCUCAGAAAACUGUUACUGUGAUCCGCUAGGCGUAAUUAUUGGACUCUGGUACACACAACAGAUAAAUACUUGGCCCCGAGACGGCUCCGGGAAAAGGAACUAUUUAAUAAAUAUGUUUGUAUAUACAGCGUAGAGACGAAUUACUUAGUGAGUCUUUAGUAAGACUCCUUAGAGGCAUGUUGCCCUAAUAGAUGAUGCAAAUAAUCAUAUACCGCUAUCUCUCGACGGGAUAAAUAGCGUUGCUAUAUCCUUAGCGUCAAGUGAGAGCCAAUAUAGCGUGCGAUAUUCGGUAAUAAAAUAUAGCUAGCUGUGUUAGUGUGCUAUACGCUAUAUUGGCUACCCUUUUAAGUCCGUUUUUCCGGAGCCGCCUGGCCCCAUACGGCCUGUAAAUAUAGCUGAGUUAGGUAUACAUACGUUAUUUUAAUAGCUUUGAUAUCGCUUGCUGUUAACACCACACGUCCUCCGCGAAAUUUCUUAAUGGGUGUUUAAAAGUGUAAAUAGAAUAGACGAAGUAAUUCGAUAAUUAGGGGCGUGGCCGGACAAGAAACUGUAUAAAUAUAACACGAAGGAUAUUGAUGCCUUUUUGUACCUCAUAAAUUAAUUCAAGUUUUGAAUACAAUAAAAAUAGGAAGAAAGUUAUUCAAUGGUAUUAUUAUUAUCGUUAGUUAUUGAAUUGAAAUGUAACGAAGUACAAGUGCUUAGUGAAGUUUAAUGUACAGUCGACAGCACAUCAGGUGAUACAAUUUUAUUGCAUAAUGGUUCUUAAUACAGUCAUUUAUGAUGCAAUAAUAUUUAACUUGAUAUGCUGUCACCUGUACUACUCGUAGACGGUCACGUGCCGCGCCCGCGCCCGCGACGCUUCUUACUUUAAUUGUACGUAUUGCGUUUCCAGACUUUCAGAGAUCUCGUAUAUUUUAAGUUUUAAGUACACGACUGUUCAUUUACACGAGUGAAGUUUAGUUGUUAGCUCACGCCACGUUUUCAACGGCCAGUCAGCCAGUCUGCUCCGAUAAACGAUUUGACAUACGAAUGAGGGUUCCUUGUCAGGACUACGGAACCCUAAAAAUAUGGAUGGAAUUACUCGACAUUCUCGAAGUUUUUAUCGAGAUAUAAGACCAUUCAGGUACUUAUUAAAAAGGUUAUUAUUAUUAUUUUAUUAAUUAACUUAAACUCCUUCCUUUAAACAACAGUCGAUACGAUGAAAAUACUUAAUGACAGCUGUCAUAUUGUUAUCGUUUUCGGAGUAGACAUCGCUUCUUUCGGUCUAAGUUCUCGCACACGAUGCUCGCACAGAGCCUGUGAUUGUAUUCGUUCUUAAUUUCUCAAUAUGUAAAUAGCGUAGAGUAAGUUUUAGUUUACGUAAAAGUUAGCGUCUGCUCUUAGUUCGUGUUCAAUAAUCACUCCCCUGUUUAAUUUCGUAAUUAUUAUUUACACGAUAAUAACAAAAAAGUAAAAAAAAAUACAAAAAAUGAUAAAGUAAUCGUAAUUCAUGUAUUACUACGGCGAUGAUUUUAUUUUAACACUUAUUACCAUUUGUAUUGUAUAUAGUAGACAUUUUGUGCACUGAUAGUCGUUUUAAGUUACUUUUAACUUAGAUUUAAUAUGAAAUGGCUGUAUCGAUUCUCAUUAUGCAAUGGCCCAAGACAGUCGGUGGGCGCGCCUCGCCGACGUAAACAUUUUAUGUAUGGGUUUAGUUUAAUUUCGUCACAUAUAAUUUUGUGAUUUAGUUUCGGGGACAACUGCGACGAAUCGGAAACAUAAUUGAAUGUAAAUAUAAAUGAUACGUGUUUCUGUCGUGUACGAAGUUAGUUGCAUUUUACCAUUGUUGCGAACUGCCAAAACUAUUGUAAUAGUUUUUUGUAGCGUUAUGUGCGUUGUGGCCACACGGACACAGAUAGACUAGUAACGUAAAAUGCUAUGAUUUUACAUGCAGUCCUGAUGUUGGCUAUAGAAUAAGUUAUCAAUAGGAUUCUGCAAAAGUUUUUCAUAGCUAUUCAUUGUGUCUUCCCGUAGUGUACAUAAUUGCAACUAAAAGCACCAAAUUUUAUGUAACAAAGUACCAUAAUCCCCGUCACUACUGCAUGUAAUUCCUUAAAUAAGAAAGAUUUGACUCGA